AUGUUAAAUCUAAAAUAUAAUUUAAACCUUUUUUCUCUCUCAAAAAAUUCUCAAGUUACAAUUGUUAAAAAAGAAAUUAUCGAUAUUUCGAUUGAAUUGUUUUGGAAUACAAAUGAUUUAUCAGCAACUUUUGUUGAACCUUUAGAAUUUACAACUGUUUUAAACUAUGGUUGUACAACAAUCAAGAAUCUGGAUGAACCAGACACAAUUUUAUUAAAUAGAAAUAGCUACAAAAAGAUAACAAAUAGUGAUAUUCAUGAUUUGAUAUCUUCUAUUAAUAAUGUUUUCUUAGAAGAAGUAAUAACAUUAAUAGCAAUAACUGAUAAUGAUAUUGAUGAUUAG